CUCCUCUUCCCCUCAUCCCGACCUGCGUACUCCAUCCCGUUGCGCUGGGCGCCGAGCCUGUCGCCCUCCGCCCGUUGCCGUCGCACCAUGCGCCUUCUACGCCUUUUGCUUUCUCUCGUGUCAUGUGUCUUGGCCAUCACACUACUGCUCUACAUCACUCUCCCCACCGCCUCGACUGACCUGUCCGACGGCCCCGUCGAACAAGGCAAGAAGAAGGGCAGGCUACGCGCCUUCUUCUCCUUCUCCGCCCCCUCGCUCUUCCCGCCCUCGGCCGUCAUCAGCCUCACCGACGACAACUCUACUUUCUUCCUUGCCCGACCUGCAGCGUUUGGGCCUCCGCUCCCCGCCAGAGGCUUGAGCGGCCAGCUAUGGACCGGAAGCGGCUUUGGGGGUGAUAACUUGGCACAUGGAGGUUUGACAGCAGGUGCCGAAGGCGAGCUCGGAUGCAGUGACGUGCCCGGCUGGAGCGAAGGAGGUGGCCAUGGGGGAACGGACGCGCAUCCAGACAUAGCGUCAAUAUUGGCUUCCAAAAAUGCUCCAAACACUGGUUCCACGGCGGGACCUUCUAGAAGGAGCGUGGUUGGCGGGCCUGCUGCUGUUGCCGCAGAGUCCAAAGACGGAGUCAAGGCGGUCAAAGAUGACGGUACCGAUGAAACUGAAUUGGAGGUCUGGGACUCUCGAGCCAAUGCACGUCGUCUUUCCAAGGGUGGAAAGGAACUUCCCCAGCACGCCGAUAUCCAGUCGCUCCAAGAGAGUGCCGAGAUAACUGGCAAGGUGGUUCUACUCAGCCGUGGUGGAUGUGGCUUCUUAGAAAAGGUAAAAUGGGCACAAAGACGAGGCGGAGUUGCCGUCAUCGUCGGCGACGACAUUCGAGGCGGUCCCCUGGUGACCAUGUAUGCACGAGGCGACACUUCUAACAUUACGAUACCCGCGUUGUUCACCUCGCACACGACAGCACAUCUUUUGUCAUCUUUGAUACCCUCGGGAGAAUUUAUCGAGGGGCUUGCUUCCGAGAACAUUGCUAAGCUGGGUCUUGGUAAUGGAAGCAAAGCGUCCAAAAGCGGCAAGACUGAGAAAUCUCGCCCAACAUUCACCCAGGCCAUAUCUUCUCCAACGUUCAGUCCCGCUGGGCGCACACCGAAGGAACCGUUUUCAGGCUCGAAGGUCCAUGGAGAUUCGACCAAGUCCGAACGGCCCGGCUGGAUUUCUUCAUUCCUUGGCAUCUUUGGGACUGGUUCCGAUCGUCAUGCCACUGGUGGAGAGAGCAGAAGGCCGCCAAGCAGCGGCAAUAUUGACUGGAUUCUUGUUGAAAACUGGGAAGAAGAAGAAACUGUGACCUCGAGUGCCAAGCCAACUUCAAAGUCGGCUACCAAAGCAAAGUCUACUCCUAACCACACGCUCAGAACGUCCUCAAAACCAUUCGGAGACGAUUUCGUCAUAGGCGUGCAGGAUUGGAGAGAUCCGGACUUGUUACCGCAACAGUCUAAACCCACUAACAGUGGAAGUUCGCCGGAGUCUUCGAACAAACAACCGUCCGGUACUUCCGAGCCUCAAGGAGGACACGUACUGCCUGGCAGUGGCGAGUACGCUGACCCCAGGUCAAAGCAUUAUAGGAAUGAUGAUGGAUCUUUCACAAAAGACAAGGCCUCUAAUGGUGGAGGGAAAGGUUGGUUGGGCAAUAUAUCCUGGCGCAAGCACGAUCAGAAAGACGGAGAGAUGAACGAGGAAGCGAUUCCUACCCCGCGAGUUUAUGGGAAGGCAAGGACCAGCUCUCUCACCACCAAAUAUGCAUCUUCAUAUACCCCGCAUGCUGCUGCUGCCAGCAUGCCCAAAGGCCAGGAUCGACACGAGGGUCUCUGGGUCACUCUCACCCCAACGAGCAUGUCCAGCUCUCCUUUCUUCGACACCUUGUUAGUAUUGGUAGUCUCACCCCUCAUCACCCUCACCGUUGUUUACGCCAUGCUCCUUCUCCGCUCCCGCAUCCGUCGCCGUCGAUGGCGCGCCCCAAAAUCCAUCGUCGAGCGUCUUCCCGUUCGCACAUAUCACACCCUCUCCUCCCACAGCAGCAACUCUUCCAACAGCCUAGUUGCUACUCCCAAUCCUGCGGCUGCAUCUUCGCGCACACCAUUGCUGCAGGGUAAUUCUUCUGCCCAUGCCUCGACAUCCCGCCCUAGGCCAAGGAGCAGGACUGCCUCGGAAAUCCCUAGCCGCCGGGAUCGGUCAACUUCUCCUACGACUGCCGCGGAUGAAGAGAAGGGCGAAAGCGGCCUCGCGGCCUGGCGCCGGAAGUACGGUGGCCGGCAAAAGGAAUGCGUCGUCUGCCUGGAAGAGUAUGUCGACGGCGUAAGCAGAGUCAUGAGCCUGCCAUGCGGCCACGAAUUCCACGCAGAGUGCAUCACGCCCUGGCUCACGACCCGCCGACGCACUUGCCCCAUCUGCAAAGGUGACGUCGUACGCAGUCUCUCCAACGAACAAGAGGGGGGCAGUGUAGCAUCCGCCUCCUCCUCAACAACAUCAUCCUUCUCGACGCACGGCUCGCCCGCCCCUUCCAGUACCUUCAGCGCCGCCGCCGCUCACGAAGACCUCCAUGCAGCUCCACGGCUGGUGGAAGAGACCGAGGAGAGUCUAUACGAGGAUGAUGAUGGCGGCGACGACCUAGAACGCGGCGGCGACGACCAUACCGGCGAGGAGCACACAGGGUUCGGCGCAUGGAUUAGGGACGGCUGGGCCGAGGUUACGGAUUGGUGGUGGGGAGGGAACAGCAAUGGACGAGGGAGGCGUCGGAGCAGGAGGGGCGAAGAAGCGCGCGAAGAUGAGGACGACGAGCUGUUGGAUCGGGAUCGUUAGGGCGUGAGUGGAGGAAAGGCGUGGUGGGUGCAGGCCUGGCGAGUUCUUCUGGGUAGGACGCUCGCGCCUCUCUACCUUUCUUCUCCUCUUUUCUUCUUGGAGUGAGAAGGGGG